AUGAAAGAAGAGGAUCAGCCUCACAAAAUGGAUAAAAGCGACGAAAAUAAGACGGAAAACGAGCCUGAAAAGAGUACGAUAAAGGAGGGAAAAGCGAUCAUUGCUUUUUGUGGACCGACUUUCUACAAUCCCGUCCAGGAAUUCAACCGGGAUCUCACUGUAUCCGCACUUCGGCAAUUUGUGCGAGCUCGGUUGGCGGAAAGAGCCAAAAGAAACGAAUUGAAAGAUCAAGAAGAAAACGUCGCGAAGGCCGCCGAACCAGCACCAAAGAAAAAGAAAAUACAAAUAGAGGAAGAGGAUGGCUCGAUCCGCAUCUUGGAUGCUCUGUCGGCCACCGGGCUUAGGGCGAUUCGCUUCUCAAAAGAGGUCCCGUGCAUUGCUUCAAUUACGGCUAAUGACUUUUCUGAAAAUGCCGUCGAAAGCAUCAAGAAGAAUGUGGAAUUAAACGGAUUGCAGCAUUUGGUGACGCCACAUUUUGGGGACGCAACAAUGACAAUGAUGGAACAUCGGGGAAUCGACAAACGCUUUCAUUGUGUUGAUCUGGAUCCAUAUGGUUCGGCGAGUCAAUUUCUGGAUGCGGCUGUUCAAUCGGUGGCUGAUAGAGGAAUGCUGAUGGUAACAUGCACGGAUAUGGCCGUUUUAUGUGGGAAUACGCCCGAAGCGUGCUUCAACAAGUAUGAUUCGAUUCCGAUUCGGAUGAAGAGUUGUCAUGAAAUGGCACUUCGAAUCCUGUUGCGAGCGAUCGAGACUCAUGCGAAUCGUUAUGCCCGUUACAUCGAGCCACUCGUGUCGAUCUCGGUCGACUUUUAUGUGCGCGUGUUCGUUAGGAUGCACACUGGAGCUCGAGAGGCAAAAAAUUCGGCAGUGAACGUCGGUCGGAUCUUGUGUUGUUCGGGGUGCCACUCGUUCGAAGUAUUGCCAAUCAUUCGGAAAUUUCAAGAGGGAGCAAGUCUCAGAUUCACUCCGGCCAUUGCAAAAAGCGAUUUGAUGUCUCAUGAUCAAAAAUGUGUUCAUUGCGAAAGUCCACUUCAUGAGGGUGGCCCGAUCUACACGGGACCGAUUCACAAUCAGGAAUUUCUUCGAGGGAUCCUUGAUGAUUUGACUUCAACCGCUGAGGGUGAUCGUUUGGGAACACAUGAUCGACUACUUGGAAUUCUCACCGAGGCUUCGGAAGAGUUACCCGAUGUCUCGUUGUACUACCAUCACGAUCAAAUGUCGAACGUCGUGAAAUGUGUGGUGCCGAAGAUUGUGAACGUACGUUCGGCGAUUCUGAACGCUGGCUACAGGGUUUCCGGCUCUCACGCGAAUCCGCGUGCCAUCAAAACCGAUGCGCCGACGAGUCUCCUCUGGGAUAUUUGCCGCUAUGUGGCCAAAGAAUCGAAUGUGAAGGUGGAGAAAAUGAAGGACGACCUACCGGGAAAGAAGAUUCUUCAAAAGCCGAUCGGGAGUACGAUAGACUUCAAGCUGCAUAAGGGUGCCGAAUCACGAGCGAAACUCGAUCAAUUGGUCCGCUUCCAGUGUAACAGAGGGAAAAACUGGGGACCCAAGCCCAAGGCGAAAGGAUCGGUGAAUUCGGUGAAAGCCGGCUUUCAAGCAAGUUGCCACAUCGAUGAAAAGGGCACAAACAGAUUUCAACAAAAACUCGCCGGCGGAGUGAAAGAGCACGCCCGAGAGACAAAGAUUCGAAUGACGUCGAUGUUGAGCUCGUUUUUCUCGCGCGACUCGCGCCCGCAAUUCCCUUUCGACCUCACAGCACCGCCGUUUCACACGAACAAUGGGAUAUCGAUGUGCAAAAGUCAUAAAAAGGGCGAAAUCGAGGAAAAGGUGACACUUUUCGCUGCGAACAUCACCGAUUUGGCCGCUUCGUCACUGAAGUUGCACGCGCAAAAGCUGAAAACGAUGCGACAUCCUGGGAUUUUGACGUUUAUCGAGAGUGCUGAGAUUGAUGGGAAAUUCUACUUGGUCACCGAGCCGUGCCUUCCCCUUAGCGCAUAUUUUGACGACACGUCGAUAAACGCCGAGCAAAAAGAGUUCAUCGUCAGUUGGGGAGUGUAUCAAGUAUUGUCGACGCUGAAGUUUCUCCACCAGGCGAACGUUUCACACGAGAUGGUGAGAAUGAGUAUCUACGUGACACCGGCAGGCGACUGGAAAUUAGGCAAUAUGGGCAGCUCGGGGAAUUUUAAAUCUUGUAGAACCGAUCUUAACCAGCUGGCGAUCGCGAUGUGGGAGGUAUUCAACGGCUUUAAAGAUGACAUUAGCAAGCCCGAGCCACCUGGAAGAAUGCCGAAACGACUCCAUGAUUUGUACAAGAAAAUGGCGACCGCACAAGUGGAAAAGUAUGGCGCUGAGGAGUUGAUUCGGGAGUCACGGAAUACGGGCGGGUUCUUCAAGAAUCGCUUUGUCGACACGCUGCUGUUCUUGGAGGAAUUUCAGCUAAAGGAGGCUCACGAGAAGCAGGCGUUUUUCACGAAUCUUCGCGAUCAUCUCGCGAUUUUCCCUGAUGGAGUGGCCAAAUACAAGAUUUUACCGAAGUUGAUUCUGUCUUACGAAUUUGGUGAUGCCGGCCCGAAUAUUCUCAUCCCGCUCUUCAAGCUCGGUCAUUUGUUGGAUGAACAGGAGUAUCAGCGAAAGAUCGUACCGUGUUUGGUGAAAUUGUUUAGCUCUCCCGAUCGAACGACUCGCGUGAAAUUGCUGGAGCGAAUCGACGAAUUCGCCUCGCAUCUCACUCCACAAGUUGUGAACGAGAAAAUCUUUGCCAAUCUCGCCACUGGCUUCAUGGACACGUCGCCGGCGGUGCGUGAGACGACGGUCAAAGCGAUGGUGUCGCUGGCAGAGAAGUUGAAUGUGCACAAUUUGAACACGGAGCUGAUGAAACAUUUGGCACGAUUACAAGGAACUGAUGAACACGGUGGAAUUCGAACGAACACAACAAUUUGCCUUGGGAAAAUCGGAGGCUUUUUGGAGCCGUCGAAUCGACAAAAGAUUUUGAUUGGAGCUUUCACGAGAGGCCUCAAAGAUCCGUUUCCGCCGGCGAGAAUGGCCGCCGUUUUGGCUUUAUCUGCUACACAACAAUUCUACUCGUUGGUUGAGGUGGCCAAUCGAAUCGUGCCGGCGUUGGGACCGAUGACGUGUGAUCCAGAGAAGCAGGUCCGUGACCAGGCUUUCAAGUCGAUAAAGGGUUUUUUGGAGAAAUUGGAGAAAGCCAGCGAGAAUCCGGAGAUCAUCCCCGAAUUGGAAGCACAAGUGAAAGCCGGUGGCCGGGGUUUCCUCGAUUCGGAUAAGGUUCCACAAUGGGCAUCGUGGGCGUUAAAGUCGUUGUCUGGGAAAUUCUACAAAGGUGCCCCACCACCCACCAACACCACAACAGGAACGGCGGCAAAAGACGACGAUAGUGCGCAAGCUCAACCAAAUGUCGAGUCGGGCGCCACGCUGCAAGCGUCGAGCGCACUGAAGCCAAAAGUUUUGGAGCCGACGCGAGAUGCCGAAGGAUGGGGAAGCUUUGAGGAUGAGGAUGAGGAAAAUGAUGACUCGGAUGUGUACACGGACGCUCGCGAAUCGAUCAGUCAGCACGGGAAAAAACAGAAUAACGACAACAACAAGAAUGGAAAUGAGGACAAUGAUGACGAUUGGGGAACUGGAUGGGAAAAAGAGAUGUCGAGCGGCUUGUCGGGAAUCGAGCUCAACAGAGCAACGACCACCAGCACCGCUCCGGCACUGAAGAAACCGAUAAAGUCGAAGAUGACAGCAACAACAACAACUGGCGGUGGAGGAGGUGGCUUGAAGUUGGGUGGCGGAAGUGGACAAGACAAGAUGGCAUUGAAGGGAAAAGAAUUGGACAAUCAGGAUCUCGACUUUUUACUCGGUAUCACCAACACGCCGAGGGAUUUGUCGACGAAAACGGCCGGAAAGAAAGCGACAACCAGCAAUACUGCUGCUACUUCUGCCGGUGGUAGCUGGGAAAUCGACGACGAUCCGAUCGGGAACAACGAUUUUGAUGAGUGGGGAAGCACUACGGUGAUGACAAAGGCUCCUCCCAAACUCGCGCCACCGCCAGCCGUUUCUUCGUCGGCUUCUUUGCAAGCAAAUCGCGAGGCUCGACGCGCCGAGAUUGCCGCAAAAAAUGAGGCAAAGCGGAGGGAAAUUGCCGAGAAAAGAGCACAACAACAAAAGGGAAUUGGAGGAGGAAAGGUUCCAACGAAAACACCGCCAGCCGCUAACAAUGCUUCCACUGAUGGCUGGGAGGAUUUC